UAAAGGCAAUGAAUCUACCAGAUAGCGUCUUGUAUUAAAAGUGAUAUAUUCGUAAACUCCAAAAUUAGAAAAUGUAUGAUUGAUUUUAAUAGGGGUAUUUUCUAAUCUUUACAGGAAUUCUGGAUUUAUAUAUUAACGAUUAUUGACAGUUUGAACAUAAUUGAUAUAAUCAUCAGUUGAGUUUUCGAUGUAAAAUUAUGGUGCACCAAAUGUUGAAUUGAUUGCAAGUAAAUGAAUUGCAAUUUCAAUCAAAUUGAUGUCUUAUAGCAAUGUUAUUGAGAAUUGCCCAGCACUGGAAUCUAAAUAGAUAUGAUGUAAUUCAUUCUAUAAGUCAGUUAUACUCAAAACGAUUAGAACAAGAAGCAGGACUAUGUACAAUAUAGCAAUGACUAGUAUGCUGUAAAAUUAAUGAGGAUUAGAUUGAAUCAUCCCAUUGACA